UUUAUUUCAUCUGUACAAACAAAUGAAAUUAGGACAUUAUUCGUUUCAAAAUCCGGCCUUGAAACAUCCAAAAAAUUAAUUGAUGAUUAUAAUUCUGGAAAAUUAAAAGAUGUAAAUUCAAAAAGUUUAUGGAAAGCAAAAAAAAAGCGAUUGUCGAUCCCAGACACUGGUGAACCAAUAUUUUUACCAUUUAGAAUGUCAUGCUUUGUACCGACUAAUCUUGUUGUUGUCGCUG